UGUAAAAUAUCUCUUUAGCGAGUUAACUCUCUUUGUACCGAAUAAUUUUUGUAUAUACACAUACUGCUGUUUGUCAGUGUUUUAAGAUGGCGGACUUAAACGAGAAGUUGUUAGCAGAACUCCUCAAAAAACCUGGAAAUAAUGUAUGUGCGGAUUGUGGGGCAAAGAAUCCAGAAUGGGCUUCGUAUAACAUAGGUAUAUUUGUGUGCACAAGAUGUGCUGGUAUACAUAGGUCUAUGGGUGCACACAUCUCUAAAGUUAAACAUUUAAAAUUGGACAGAUGGGAGGAUUCACAAGUAAAUAGAAUUAGGGAAGUCGGUAAUGUUGCAGCUAGACUGCAUUAUGAAGAACGUGUACCUCCAUGUUACCGCAGACCAAGCCCAGAUGCACCACAAGUAUUGGUGGAGCAAUGGAUAAGAGCAAAAUAUGAAAGGGAAGAAUUUUGUCAUCCAGAAAGGCAAAAUCAUUACGUGUCAGGGUUUAUGGAAGGAUUUCUGAUGAAACGUGGCAAGGAAGAUUCACGUUAUCAUCCUCGAAAGUUUGUUCUUUGCGAAGCAGAAGACACUUUAAAGUAUCAUGUUAAGGAAAAUAAGGAACCCAAAGCUGUUCUUAGAAUAUCAGAAUUAAAUGUAGCAUUUGCACCACCUAAAACUGGUAAUCAAAAUAGUCUACAAAUAUCGUUUAUGAAGGACGGUACAACAAGACAUAUCUAUGUAUAUCAUGAAGACCCUGAAGUAAUUACAAAUUGGUAUUUGGCAAUAAGGUGUGCAAAGUUACACCGUUUACAAGUAGCAUAUCCGGGAGCAACCGAAGCUGAGUUACUCUCACAACUCACGCGAGAUUUCCCCCGUGAAGGAUUUUUAUGGAAAACUGGUCCUAGACACACAGAUGCCUACAAAAAAAGAUGGUUCACGUUAGAUGGACGAAAACUUAUGUAUCAUGACGACCCUAUGGAUGCACAUCCGAAGGGUGAAAUUUUCUUGGGUCACAGUUCAGACGGUUUUGCAGUGAGAACAGGAGUUCCUCCUGGUGCAAAGGAUCAAGGGUUUUCAUUUACUCUUGAAACACCGGAUAGAACUUACCUACUUUCUGCUCAAAGCGAUGACGAUAGAACGCAGUGGAUGAAUGUUAUUCAAAAGGUGAUAGAUAAACCACUUACCCCACAGGAUGCAACUGGUAUGGGACCAAUGGGACCUCUUACUUCCAUUGCUGGCCCUCAAAGUUUUAUGGAAUUGGCAGGAGGUCAAGGAUUCCCUCCCUUACCUCCACCAAUACCAUUACCUGGAAUGAAUGAUUCUCCUUUAGAAUUUAGUACAAACAAAAAUCAACCACCAGUAGCUAGAGAAACAUCAGAAGAUAAUGUUGAUAAAAGAGGAGAUAAAAAUGAUGUUAGAAGAGAAAGAGAAAACAGAGACAAUAGAGAUAAUCGGGAUAAUAGAAGAUCUAGAAGCGAACGAAGUGAUAGAAGAGAGAGAGAUAGAGAAAGAAGAGAAGAAAGAAAUGAUAGGGAUCGAAGAGAAGAACGAAGGCCAGAGGAAAGAAAUAAUAUGAAUUCCACGAGUAAUAACAAUGGACACAAUAAUAAUUCAAAUAAUAAUGAAAUUCCAUCAUCAUCAAAUACUAGUAGUGCUCCAAAUCUGGGUCCUCAAAUGGAACAGGCAACAGGAGUUUGGGGAAUGGGAGUUGGAUAUCCAGUAAUGGGAAUGGGUCCAAUGGGGCCAAUGGGACCAAUGAUGGGUGAAAUGACACUUGGUCCACACAUGGGACACACUCAUAGCUAUGGACCUAUGGGUAUGGGAAUGAUGUCUCAUGAUGGUAGCAUGAUAAGUGCACAGAUAUUAGGACCAGAACAAAUAAUGAAUGAUGCUGCUCAAAUUAUGAGCAGUGCAUUACCUCCUCCACCAACAACACCUCAAGGAACCAAAGAAAUAAUACAUUGUAAAAGUUGUACAUUGUUCCCACCAAACCCAAAUGCUCCACCUCCAACAACUAGAGAAAGGCCUCCAGGAUGUAGAACAAUAUUUGUCGGAGGUUUACCAGAAAAUAUCACAGAAACGAUAAUUCAAGAAAUAUUUGAACGAUGCGGCGAAAUAACUACUCUACGUCUUUCUAAAAAAAAUUUUUGUCAUAUACGUUUUGUACUCGAAAAUAGUGUCGACGCAGCUAUAUAUUUAUCCGGAUACCGAGUUAGAAUAGGAUCAAGCGGUGAUUCUGCAAACACUGGAAGACUCCACGUAGACUUUGCUCAGGCUAGAGAUGAUCAGUAUGAAUGGGAAUGUAGACAACGUCAACUACAAAGAGAGCAGCGUCACAGAGAAAGAGUCGAGAAAGAGAGACAAAGGGCACCGUCCAGUCCACCACCAGUGGUACAUUACACGGAUCACGAAGCAUCCAACAUUUGUGAAAAAAUUAAACAAGACGAUACAUUCAUGAAAGCGGUACAAGUUGUCGUCACGUGGCUCGAGCGUGGAGAUUGCACCAAACGCAAUGCCAAUACCUUUUACUCGAUGAUACAAUCAACCAAUUCUCAUGUUCGGCGAUUGCUCACGGAGAAAGUCGCAUACGAAGAGGAGCUGCAGAAAGCGAAGGAACUAAUGAAAGGCAGAAUGCAAGGACUUCUAAUACAAUUCAGUCAGAUUGAACGCGUCUUUACUGCGGCCAGCCACAAGAAGGUCUGGGAUCACUUCACAAAGGCUCAACGGAAGAAUAUCGAAAUGUGGAAGAAACAAUCCUCGACAACAGUAAUCAACAACAAAGUCUUACGAGUCUCAAAGAGCUUCUUUACGCGAUUCCACAUUCAUUUGCAAAAACUUUUUUUCAAAAGGAAGGAAAUUAAAGCAGUUCAAUUGGAAGAAACGUUAAUGGAAGGUGAAGGGGAAAUGGAAGUCUCCGAUUCGGAAGAGGAACCUCAACGCAAGAAAGCACGCAAUCAGUCGGAUGGACACGACGACUCUGAAAGGCUGCAAGCUUUGAAAGAAGAAAAUGACAGUCUUCGAUGUCAAUUGGAGGCAUACAAAAAUGAAGUGGAUUUGCUUAAAUCUGAGACGAAGAGCGAGAUAGAUGGAAAAGAUAAACAAAUGAAGAUGUUACAGCAAACUCUAAAAGGCAUGCAAGAGCAGCUGAUGCAGUCAAGAAAACAGCAAGCACAGGAUGACCAGAAAAUCAAGGAUUUAACUGUAAAACUAAAUGCUACGAAAAAGGAAGAGCCUAGAGAGAGCGAAAUAAUCACAUUGGAUAAGGAUGAUGAUAUAAAUGAAGAACCUCGAACUCCUAAACAAUUAGUCUUAACAUCUAGUUUUGUUCAAAUUACUCAAAAGGAUGCCAAACUUAUAGGGUUAAUAGCAACCUUUUUACAUAUCCACCCAUUUGGCGCAAGUGUAGAUUAUCUAUGGUCGUACUUACAAAAGCUGGAACCUGGUAUCAAACCGAACGAAGUAGAAGCUCUGAUGCAACGAUUUCCACAAGUCUUUAAACAAGACUUAUUUGGAAUUGGAGCAAAUAUGGAAAGGCGUUGGCAAUUUUCAGGCUUUAAUGUUUAUCGCAGUCAUUAAUCGGUGUAAUAAUUAAGUUGAAAGGAAAAGAGAAAAAUGUCUAACAGAAAAUCUGUUAAAGAAUUUUACAAUAUUAUUGUGUCGCGGCAUUUAGUGUCGCGUAAACUUUUAUUGUGAUACUUACGAUUCUGGGGCAAAACUUUUAUUUCAUAACGUCGUUAUGAAGCGAAACAUUUGUAAAUAAAAUCGAUAAAUUGCAAAGACUUUGAAAAGGGUGACGUAUUUUUGUUGGUUUCAAAGAAAACUGGUCAGAUACGUUGUGAACGACUUUCUAACACUUUUUCUUCUGAAUGAGAUUUCAAUUUAUUUAUAUAAAUGUCUUUAUAGAUUAUAAAAAUAUCGUGAAAUUUAUCACAUAUCUCAGAAGUUAGUGAAGUAAACUUAUACACGAUAUGUUUUCUUUACAUGUAUAUAUUUGUAUUUUGUGUGAUCAAUGCAGAUAAAGAGGUGUACUCGAGCCUUCUACAACUAAUUCUUUUUAACUGUUCUAAUCAUGUGUAAAUUCCAGACAGUUUUUUUCAGUUUUGAUUCCAGUUUGAUAAAAACUUUGAAACGUUAUUUAUAUAUAAGGUUUUACAAAUAUGUCUAAUAUGCAGUUUUAGAUAAACUAUACUGAAAGCCAAAGAGGAUAAAAAACAUUAGUAUUUCAUAGUCAUUUUGAUUUAUAAGAUACGUAUGUUUAUUUUCCCGCAAAUAAACGGUAUUUGUAUAUAUUUGCAUAAAAUUCAUCGUCAGAAAAGUAUUAACAAAAAUAUAUUAUUGGCACCAAGUAAAUAUUUAAAAUAUCGCAAUGACACAUUUUAUACAUCGCAAUAAUUGAAUUUACAAAAACAUCUGCAAUUUGAUUUGUGAUAUCGUGGAUUUUAAUUAUCUGAUAAAGCAUUUGUUAUUUAAUGAUAUUGUAUAGAUUAUACAAUUAUAUUUCCGGCAUGCUCUUGAGAUUAUUAAAUACGGUAGACUUAUGACAAAAGGAAAAACAGAAAUAAAGGAAAAAUGAUUUUCCUUUUUUUCGCUAUAUUUUAGUCAAUUUGAUCAUUAAUAUUAGUGAUUAUUCUGCAAAUCUGAAUUUGGACAAUGAUUUAGAUGUAUAUACAUACGUAUAAACGACUUUUCGAAGAAAAUAAGACAAUUAUUUCAUAUGUUCCCGCUUUAUUAAAUUGAAUAACGCUUUCGGCAAUAUGCGCGCGCCAAUGCGCAAACAUGUUGAUUCAGCUCAACUGAAUUCAAGUGAUUUCCCAAUAUUUAUAUUGCCUUAUUUUGUGCUUCAUCGGUUAUAAAUUCAAUGGACAGCAUAUACAAAUAGGGUAAAGAAAGGAUGUAAGGAAUUACAAAAUAAAAAAAUCGCUAAGUAUACAUGCUCGACGCUGAAAACGUCGUAAAAACGCUUGCGCAGAACACAAUCACAGUCGAUAUACGGAGAACGAACGAUAACUCGCUACUCUUUCGAUGAAUCGAAAACUUAUAUUUACAUACGUAUACAUUGUUACAAAUAAAUCUAACAUUUGUUAGGUUAUAUGAUA